UAAAACACUUUGACCAUAUUUUUGGUCAUUUGUUGCAAGUCGGACAGAGUCAGAAUUCAGAAACAGUUUGAUUUGUUGUAAGUCGGUCGGAGAGACUCAGAAUUCAGAAACAGUUUUUGUAAAAACUCACUCGGUGUCUCGAACCCAUCCCCACCACCUUUUCCUCCGUGGGUGCAGAGUCUCUCCAUCCAUCACCGGCCCGAUGUUAAUCUCUGUUUACUGAAGUACACUUUUCCCUCCCACUAUGCCUCUGUAGGUGGCUGCACCCAAGGACUCUGAUUGUGUACGUUAUUGAUUUUUGUCCUCGUCUGAGUAGAUCUUCUCGCAGAUGGCUGCAAGAGGACAAAUUCCAUCAACCUUUGAGCGACGUUCUACCCAGACUCAAGGGAUGAUGCGGCAAAGUGCAUAUUCUGGUUUGCGCACUGCUGCUGGCCAACGCCUCUUGGAGCCACUGCCUCCUCCCGAACUGUUAGAGAAUAAAAUUGCUGUUCAGGCAGCAGAAAUAGAACGGCUUGCAGGGGAUAACCGUAGGUUGGCAGCCAGCCAUUUGACUUUGAAGCGGGAGCUUGUUGCUACUAUUCAGGAAGUAGAUAGAACCAAUGACCACAUUAGAAGCACCCAGAGUGAACAUGAUAUAGAAAGCAGGCGUUUGCUAGAUAAGAUUAGAAAAAUGCAAGCAGAUAUCAAAGCUGGUGAGGGUGUGAAGAAGGACCUGCAAAAAGCCCACAUGGAGGCUCGGAGCUUAGUUACUUCCAGACAAGAGCUGACUGCACAAGUUCAGAAGGCUACUCAGGAAAUGCAGAAAGCCCGCAUAGAUAUAAAGACUAUACCAGAUUUGCAUGCUGAACUUGACAGUUCGAGUCAGGAACACCAAAGGCUACGUGCUACAUUUGAGUAUGAAAAAGGAAUAAACAUAGAGCAAGUGGAGCAAUUGAAAGCAAUGGAGAAGAAUCUGAUUGGGAUGGCAAGAGAAGUGGAAAAGUUGCGUGCUGAGGUCUUGAAUGCUGAGAAGAGAGCAGCACUUGCUCCAAGCCAAUAUGGUGGUGGUCACAUGAAUCCAGAUUCUUUAUACCCACCUCCUAUACAAGGUGCUGGUGCCUAUAUUGAUGGCUAUGGGAGGCCUAUUGUUCAGUUGGCUGUUGGGCCUGCAGGAGAGGGGAUGAUUCCAUAUAGCAGCAGCAAUGCUGUAGCUGUCAGUGGUGCUGCUGUCCCGAGUGCUGGCAGUGGUGCUGUUCCUGGAGGAGCAUAUGAUCCCUCACUCAGAGGUGAACAUGAAGAAUCUGACAUUAGAGGCUAUUCAUAAGCUUUUCUGCCUUUGCUCUCAAUUUGUUGGUUUAGCAAUAUGAGGAGUUGAUUGGGUAAUGUUGUUUUAAAGGCUGUAGAUUAGGGCCCUCUCCAUAAUUAAUUACUCUUUUCAUUCAAGAUUAUAAAACUUUUAUUACUUUUACAGAA